AUACAAUAGUCCAAAAUACACAUACUAGUCAUGGAAUCCAUAAUAAAUAACCCAAUCACACAUAACGUCCAGAUUAUCUGCAUUCAAGAACCACCCAAAUUACCAGAAAAUAUACUAAAAAUGUGGCCCGGCCGCGAUACAAUAUACCCCUCAACUCAUACAGAUACGUACCCGUAUACUGCAAUCUAUAUCCUGAAAUCGUUCAAGGAGAACAUACACGGAAUUGACAACAUCGAUAUCCCAACGGCUAAUGUUACAGGCGUAAGAGUCACGUUUAACGCUGGCUCGCAACCGGUUAACUUCAUAAACGUCUACAACAAACAUGACUCCCAAACCUUAGUAUUAGUCAGGGAUUUGGUCCAACGAUUUGCCAACCAACCGACACAUCUCCUUGGCGAUUUCAACGCUCACCAUCCAGCCUGGAACCCAGCAGGCUAUGAAGGCACGACAGAGUUAGAGACAGAAGAGUUAGUUGUCCAACUACUCCAAAAUAACUACUCUAUGGUGAGCGCAAAAGGAAUACCCACCAGAUACGGGUACAACUCUGCCACUACUAUUGACCUGUAUUGGUUAAGCAGUAAGGUGGAACACUACGACAGCGCUUUUUGUUCUGUCGAUGAUGAGAUCGAUACUACAUCAGACCACCGUCCGUUGCACCUAUUCAUGAAAGUUGAAUAUGCCGAUGCUGAGAAUAGAAAACGUUGGAAUCUAAAGAAGGCCAACUGGGAUGCGGGAAGGAAGAAGCUGUUACGAUUCACGCAGGAAAUAGAGAAUGAGGAGAUACGCUCUUCAGACGAACUUGAUCAACUAGCCUCACACCUGACAGAAGGCAUCACGACCGCCCUAGAUGCUUGUGCACCACAGCUUCGACUAAUCCAGCAUUCCAAACGAAAAAUGGCGAACUAAACUAAGGACCCACCUACCAAAGAACAUCCUAGCUGCACGAAUAGCGCGAGGGGCAUACAAACGAGCAAUAAGGGUGGCUAAGGCCAAAUGUUGGAAAAACUUCUUAGAAAAUAUCAAACCAAAUGAAGUCCACAAAGCAGCCAGAUACGUGAAAAAUGGUGGCAUCCCGUCGCCAUUUGUGCCCCUUUUGCUUAAAACAGAUAAAACCCUUACUGCUAGCCCAGAAGAGCAGGCUCAGACACUCUUCAAACACCUAUUACAAGGUGAAGACACCAAUCCCACCCCAGCCCUGGGAACGCGACCCGAAGAUACACGAGACAGGUCUUUCCAGGAAAUCACAAAUUGGGAAAUGUCAGUGGCUAUCAUAAAAUGAAAGUUAGGAAAGCGGCAAGACCAGAUAACAUCCCGGUCUUCGCCAUAAAAGAAUUCACGCC